AUGUCUUCAUCCCGGAUUCUUCAUGAUAGAUUCCAUUUUCCUCCUAAAAAGAAAUUUCUGUCAGUCACCUUGCAGCUAACCAUCUUCGUGUCAUCUUUUCUUCUUCUGAGUGUCUUAUCCACGAUCAGCGCACGGGAAGGAUCGUUGGCCGGUUGGGAAAGCUUUAUUAUACGGAUAUUCUUCUCUACAUUCCUUUUUUUCAGCUGCUUCAUUAGGAUAAGGAAUGGGACCCGCCGUCGCCUGAGACAUACACAACACACAGUGCAAGACUUCUUCCAUUGUCUAGGGUAUAUUCCUGCAUUUCAUUCAGAUGGGUUGAACAAUUCAUGUGAUUGUUUACAGUUGGCAAUUGUAUGCUCCUGGAUUAAACAUAAGAAUCCAAUUCUUUCUUUGGAUUGA